AUGAAACAUGCAGCUGGCUUUGGAAUGAGUCAAACUUCAGCAGACCAAAGUGCAGCUACGAAAGCAUUGCAGCGGAGGAUUUCUUCGUCUCCCAACUUGACAUGGUUGCGGGAUCUGAUUCGGUGUGACACAGGCGAACAUGCUGGUCCACAAGCAUUGGCAUCAACGCUGAUCGGCUUAUACUUCUCGGCUUCCUGGUGUCCGCCUUGCCAUUACUUCGCGCCGAUAUUGGUGCAGGCUUACAAGCAAAUUCGUGACACCCAUGGUGCAAGCUCUUUUGAAGUUGUUCUUAUUCCGCUGGAUACCGACGAGAACAUGUGGCAACUUCACAUGGCCAAAAUGCCAUGGAUGUCUCUCCCACAGCGGACUGUUGCUCUUGGCUUGCUUUGCUACGUUAUUAAUGGUACAGUAUGGUUGGGAACGGCUCCACGACCGACGCAUGGCCGCGUGUGCCGUCGAGCAGAAGGUGAUACCUUCGAGCGAUUGAAUCGUGUGAGCCGCGUGCCUUCCAAGGUACCAAAUGAGGAGUCCGCAGAAGGCUCUUUGGUGGGUGCUGUUGGUGGAUCUGUACUCGGCGGGCUGUUGUUAGGCCCGUUUGGUGCUGUUUUCGGUGCAAGUCUUGGUGCAGACUUGGGUCGGCAGAACACAGAUCAGACUUCGGCGGAUGCACUGGGGCUGGAUGCAGAUAUGAUAAAUCUCGCACGAACAGUGGCCAAGAAUUUAGCGGAUGCGAUUGAGGACAAGAAACGUGUGAUCUCCGUGAAGGAUGACUUGGCCACUCGCAUUGUGAGAAUGGAGGGUGAUGUGGAGAAGCUGUCUAAGGAAGCCAUGGCAGCUUUGCAGAAUGGGGAUGAGGAUGGAGCUCGUGCAAUCUUGGAGAGGAAGGUGCCCUUGCAACAGCGGUUGGCAUCGUCAAAGGACGAGUUACAGAAGGCUUUGGAACGAGUUGCUGCCGUUGAAGCAGCUGUUCAAAGGCUUGAAGGUGAAGCGCUCAAGGUUGCGUCUCUGCUGGAGCGAGCACAAGCAGCCACAGGGUCAGAGCGGACAGCAUUGGCCGACGAAGCCUCGGCUAUGUUAAAAAACAGAGAAGCCAUUGUCAAGCUGUUCACGACUUUUUGUGUGACCGAGGCUCCGCGGCUGGUGAUUAUUGACUCAACAGGCACAGUCAUUCGGGAGAAUGCUCGGGGAGGAGAAGCUCCACAGCACAGCGCACGUACAUCGUGUUGGCAGUACAUGCGCUUAGCGGGGUUAAAAGCAAAGUCUGAACGCGAGCGCCGGGGACACUGCAUGGCUGGCUCAGAUGCAGGCUCCAGAGGAGGCUACAGCGCGUGGUCGAACUGGACAGGAGUUCUGGGUCUGUCUGAAGGGCAGACAGGGACAAUUCAACGUGCUGGCAACAAGUUUCUGCAGGCAGUCGAUGUGGCCAAAAAUCAUGCCGAGAGAGGAUUGCGAGAAGGAGUUUCUCAGGUCCGUGCAGCGGUCGACCGACAGAUGCAAAGCACGGCAAGCUCCUCGCAGCCCACACACGGACGAUUCCAGAAGCAACCUUCGAGACAUGAUUUGCCGAGCAGUGCAGUCAGCGUUCGAGUUUGUACCUGGAACCUUCACGGUUGUGCCGUUGAUCCGGAAGAUGACAUUCGACCCUGGCUUUUCUCGGGCGGGAAGCAAGCUGACAUCUACAUCGUUGGUAUUCAGGAGCUCGUGGAACUUGGGCCAAUGUCUGUGCUCAUGAACACCGACGGCCAUGAAGAGAGGCAAUCUGAGCUGGAGCACAGAAUAGAGGCCGCCCUGGCUGGAACCGGACUUCAUUACCUGAAGAUCUGCAGCUUCGGCAUGGUGGGCUUGUCCCUUUUGGCUUACGCUCUGGACAGUCUGCAGGACCACGUUGCCGCAAUCGAUUGCGAUCGUGUGAAGACCGGCAUUGAGGGGUUGAGUGGAAACAAGGGUGGCCUGUGUGUCAGAUUCAUGUUGGGAUCAAUGUCUCUUUGUUUCGCCAACGUUCAUCUGCCAUCGGGGACUGGCAAAGCUGACGAGCGGAACGAUCAUCUCAACGAGGUGCUGUCCUAUGCAUUUCAGGGGACAUCCCGAAACGGUUCCACGAGACCAGCAAAGAAUGGCUUCCACCGAGCUUCUCUUUACACGGCUCUGGAGCACGAUUUGACGGUCGUUUUCGGUGACCUGAACUCCCGGCUCGCGGACCUGCCAGACGAUGGAUUCCCUAAAGGACCACCCGAAGCAUGGCUGCUAUUCGAUGAGUUGCUGACUGGCAGAAUCAGGUGUGCCAGGUCCCUGGGCUUCCGCGAGGCAGAAGUAACCUUUCCGCCCACCUACAAGUAUGUGGUUGGAGGAGGUGAUUUGAGCCCUGCUCGUACACCAGCAUGGUGUGAUCGUGUGAUUUAUCGAUUCGAGCCCUCGGCCACUGAUGUCGCAAAGAGGGUCUUGAACCCCAACAUCGUGCAGCAUGAGGUGGAAGUCGUGGAGUACGACUCUUACGGCGAUCUCAGAAGGACGAGCGAUCACCGUCCCAUCGCCGCCACCAUCCGGAUAAGCAUUCCCGAUGAAGAGUUGAGGGCGUGA